AUGUUUCUGUGGCGGCUCCCCCAGGCAGUGUGUCUGCUGUCGGUGUGUGUGUCGCUGACUCUUGGGUACGAAGACGAUAUCGAGGUGAACUAUGGUGACAGCUACUACAACGAGAUCACAGAGGGAGAGCCACUGGAGCGUAAGUCAACUACCCCAGGCCCAGGACCCUGUAAGGCUACAGACAUGACUAAAUGGGACAAGCUCUUCUCCAUGCUGGAGAACUCUCAGAUGAGGGAAAACAUGCUUCUGCAGUACUCCGAUGACAUCAUCAAGGUGGAGUUGGGUUCGCUGCGUGGAGAGAUGCUAAGGUUCGUGGCUCAGUACGGAGGGGCCUGUGGCGUUGCGGUAGAGACCGCUGGGCGGAGGAUGUCCAUGCAGAUGGAGGCUCGCCUCAGGGAGAGCAUGGAGCAUCUCAGACAGGAUCGAAGCACUGCUGCUGGGAAUUCAGCUGGGAAUAGCCACCAGGAAAAGCUGUUACAACAGCUUCUAACUGCAGCGAGGACACAGGCUAUCCGACUUAUCAAGCUGGAAAACAGCUGUCUGAGUAAUCCAGAGGCUAAGGGGGAAAACUUGCAGCAGGAAGUGGCAUCGGCAGAGAUGCUGGUUGCCGUGGUGACAGAGCUGGCGAAGACGAGGGCAGUGCUAGAGCUCGCGCUCAAGUCGGCACAGCAACGACACCUGCCUGCAGGCUGUGAGACCGCUCUUCUCUUCCCUAUGCGUUCCCGUCGCAUCUUCUCGUCAGUGACACCAGACCUCCCUCUAUCCCUCUCUUCCUUCACCGUGUGCCUGUGGGCCAAGCCCGUCUCCGUCUCCAACAGAACCGUGCUGUUUUCCUACGGAACCAAACGGAACCCCUAUGAGAUACAGCUCCUUCUUAGCGGAACCAGGGCUCUCUUCACCGUGGGGGGAGAGGCUCACCUGGUGGAGGCACGGGGCGUGGUGAAAGGAGGAGGAGUUUGGACCCACCUUUGUGGGGCUUGGAGCUCUGAGCAAGGCAUAGCGUCACUAUGGGCUGAUGGACACAGAGUGGCACUCACACCCGGGGUGGCCGAGGGCCACAUGUUACCCGAUGGAGGCUCACUCCAGCUUGGGCAGGAGAAGAACGGCCUUGGGCAGGAGAAGAACGGCUUCGAUGCCAAGUUGGCAUUCGCUGGGAAGAUGACGGGGGUGAACAUGUGGGACCGUGUGCUGACGGAGGAGGAGAUAUCCCAGCUGGCUUUGCAGGACGGCGAGGGGUGUGAGCAGAGGGGGAAUGUAGUUGGGUGGGGCUUGACGGAGAUCGUGCCUCACGGGGGUGCUCAGUUCAUCAACUAA